GAAAUGGGUAUCCAUUUUUGAAGUAUCUAUGGAUAAUUGAUGAACAUGGAUACUCAAAUUUGCCAUAUCUGUUCACAUCUGACUUCAAUUCCUUGGAGUUCUUGACUGUUUAUGGAAUGAAGAGAUUGAUGAAUUUAUCUCCCAGGAACUCGCCAAUCCUUCCUUUUAAAAAGCUUAAAUCCAUAUCAAUUCAAUCAUGUGGGGAGAUCAGAAACCUGUUCUCAAUCUCUGUUCUUAAAGCGGUUUCAAAUCUUCAAGAGAUUUCUGUGACGGAUUGUGGCAUGAUGGAUGAGAUUAUAUCCAUAGAAACUGAAGAACAGAGCAGCAUUUGUAGUAUAACCUCUUUAACACUUGAAAAAGUGGAUAAACUUACGAGUUUCUGCACCAAAUUGUUCAUCCAAGAAGACCCACAAAGUAUAAUCCCCUGUUUUGAUGAACGGGUUUCAUUUCCUGAAUUGAAGCAUUUAUCAAUCACUAAAGGAAACAAUUUGGAGACAUUAUGGCAUAGUGAUGGGUUGUCUUCAAAUUCCUUCAGCAAACUCCAAACGGUGAGAAUCGAAGGUUGCAAGCAAUUAAGAUGCAUGUUUCCAUCGAGCACAAGCGCUAGGUUCGACAGUUUGGAGAGGAUCGAGGUGAGAAAAUGUGGGAAUUUGAAGCGAUUACUGCCAUCAUCGAUGCUGUUCUUGAGCUUGAAUGAGCUGAGUGUGGAGAAAUGUAAUGGAAUGAUGAGUUUGUUUAGCGCGACUGUGGCGAAAGGGCUGGUGAAUCUUAGGUCGAUUAAGGUGCGUUGUUGUAGAGGGAUGAGGUGCGUGGUUGCGGCGGGGGAAGAACAGGGUGGUGUUGUUUUUGGGAAAUUGAAGACGGUGGAGUUGGAUUUGUUGCCAGAAUUGGUGAGUUUUUAUUGUGGGAAAUGUAGGAUUGAGUUCCCAAGAUUGGAGUGUUUGAUCAUUGGACGAUGCCCUGAGAUGAAGGCGUUUUCGUAUGGUGUUGUUGUGACGCCCAAAUUGGAUAGCAUUUUGAUGGAUGGGGCUGAAUUUGGAGUGACGGCCGCGGGUGGUGUGAAUGAAACUAUGCAGAACUUUGGGAGACAAAUG